CAAGUCGGCGAUUGUUUCCGUGGCAAAUCAGUCAGUCAGUCAGUCAGUCCGCACAAUGAGGUGUUCCGCGUCGCUACUUUUCGUGUUUUUUCUUCAAUUCUUCGUCGGGAUACCGGUGACCAGCUCCCAGAGGACCCAUGCCAGGCAAGGAGUGGGUCGGGAGCCACCGAUCGUCAAGAUCUCGGAUCAAGGAACGGUCGCCGGCAAAGAGGUGUACUUGAGUCCGACUCAAAAGGUGAUACAAUAUCUCGGAAUACCGUACGCUCAGCCGCCGGUAGGAAAAUUACGAUUUUCUGCCCCGGUGACCGAUCCUCUGCCAACGUGGAGCGGCGUACGAAACGCGACGCAGUUCGCACCUUCGUGUCAGCAAAUAACAGAUCGUCCGAAACUGCACGAGAAACUAUACAAGGAGUUCCUACCGACCGAUCAACUCGAUCCUGGAGUCAGCGAGGACUGCCUUUACUUGAACAUAUACGUUCCGGACGGCAACAAGCAGGACGAUGGAUGGCCAGUGAUGGUGUGGUUCCACGGUGGUGACUUUAAUACAGGGACUCCAGCCAUAUGGGAUGCGUCGAUCUUCGUGAAUAAAUACAAGAUGCUGGUGGUCACGGUGGCGUAUCGUCUCAACAUCCUCGGUUUCUUCACGACCACGGACGCGGAGGCUCCGGGUAACUACGGGAUGUUCGAUCAGCUCGCUGCCCUCGACUGGAUCCAAAAGAAGAUACAGCAGUUCGGUGGGUCCUCGUCGAACGUGAUCAUCUACGGGCACAGUUCCGGUGCCAUAAGCGUCGGUCUGCAUCUCGUGAGUCCUCUGAGCAAAGGCAAAUUCUCGAAAGCGAUCGCCAUGAGCGGCGACGCAAUCAGCUCCGUCGGAUCGCCGCAAACCGAGCUACCAGUGGUCGACAUAAUCGCCGAUAAGUUUGGCUGUUAUCGACGACCCACGUCUGCUUUGAUGGAGUGUCUCCGCCGCGUGAACGUCGAUAUCCUUGUAAGGGAAUCUUCGUCGAUAGAAACCUGGGGCCCCAUCGUCGACUACGAAACCAACAACUCCACGGAGCCGUUCCUUCCCGUUCACCCGAGGGAUAGCGUCAACGGUGGCAAUUUGAAUUCUGUUCCUCUGCUCGUCGGUCACACGAACAACGAACAGUUACUGGCUUAUAAAGAGACCCUGUCCAAAGGAGAUGAGGAAGGCAAACUGUCAUACGAUAAGUUCCAGAUGUUGAUCACCGACGAGUUCGUAUCGCUGGUCCAGAGCCCGGAAGACAACAGCACUUGCGUUCUGAAACCGGAAUUGGUGUCCGAGGCGGUGUUGUUUUUCUACAAGCCUCACCCGCCGAGCAAAGACCAGGCCAUGCUUCGCGACAGAUACUUGGAUUUGCAAACGGAGAAGAACUUUGCAGCUGGGCUCACUCUGCUAGCGGGCAAGGUGUCCAAGGAGAAGCCUGCGUUCGUUUACAGAUUCGACUAUAGGCCCAAGACUCAGGCAGCUCUUAAGGAUGUUCCCGACUGGGGCGGGGUCCCUCACAUGUUCGAGCUUCCGUUUGUCUGGGGACUUCCUGUGGGUGGCAGUCGCGUGCAGUGGAACUUCGCCGACAAGAAGAUGGCCGAAGUGAUGAUGACAAUGAUGGCUAGCUUCGCGAGAACCGGCAAUCCUUCGUUCAGCAACGUCAAGUGGGAACAGUACACCGAAGAGGAUCCUGGGAUCUUGAUCAUCGAUAGGAACAUCGAUAUGGGCGAUUCCGAUACCGUCGAUUACAAGGCGUUAGCGUUCUGGAACGAGUAUUAUCCGAUGGUCCUCGAAGAGGCGACCAAUAAUUGUUGCAACGUGACGAGUCUGUCCGAGCGGUCGAGGGAAGUAUCUUACUGGAUUCUUCUCGGUGGUUUCGUCGUUGCGACGGUGUCACGGUACGUGGAGUUGUAGUCCAUGGACGUACGAGUCGCCGCGCCAGUUUUUCCUUUGAACGAGUUCGGUGAGGCCUCUUCCGUGCGACAGCUUAUUCUUAUGUAACGAGUUGUUCUUGGUUUAAUAAAAUUCUUUGUUUCGCUCAA